GAGAGCAGCGCCUUCGUGUGAUCCGCAUGUUGGAGGCUGGACUAGAGCAACGUACUGUGGCUCGCUGUCUUGGGUGCUCACAGCCAGCGAUUUCAAACCUGGUGCAGCUGUAUUUCUCUGCUGUGUUAAAAAACCUCCAUGCUUGAAAAACAUGGCUGUGAAACGGCAGGGUAAGCUGGAGGGGCUUGGCGAUGAUUUGGAGGAGGAAAACGAACAUGGAGAGGAUACUGAAGAAGGUGGAGAAGACGAAGAAUCAGACAAGAGUUUUAACCUGGAUGAAGUUCUACUCUUGGGAGGAACUAAGGCGGACUUUGUUAUGCUUGACUCCCUAAAUGAGAAUGUGGAGUUAGUGGAUGGUGGGAAGAAAAGUGCCAUGGAUGACCUCAAAGAAGGGGAGUUGGAGAACUUCAUCGAAAAGUUAGGCAUCCGCUCCUACUCCCAACGGCUGCAAGUGUUGAAGGAGGAGCCUGACGUGCAAGAGAAGAAAGCAGAGGGUGAGAAGAAGGAGAGCAGAAAAGCACAACCCCAGACAAGCAAACAGAUCAAAGCAGCUAAAGUUCAAGAUACUGCUGCCAAACAGGAGGGCAAGAAAAAGCCUGUGCAGCUGGAUGAGGUGAGCAGCACCACUCGCACUGGGAAGAAGCACAAGCAGCAGAAUGUGUUUGAGUUCCAGCAGAGGACACUGCUGCUGAUCAAGCCAGGUGGCAAGUGGUACAACCUGGAGUACACCACUGAAUUCACCUCUCAGGCUCAGGACGACUCAGAGUCAGAAAUCGCCCAGUAUAAAGCCCUGGCUCAAAAGCUGUUUGAGGCAGAGACAGGCUUGUACAAGAGCAAGAAGAACUUGCAGAAAGGCGGAAACUCUGCCUGGAUGAAAACGGUCGUCUCAACUGGGACGCUGGCCGAUCGGAUGGCAGCCAUGACGCUCCUGAUCCAAGACGCUCCCGUCCACAGCCUGCACUUUGUAGAGAUCCUGGUGAAUCUGGUCAAAAGGAAAGGCAGCCGACGGCAGAACCUGAUGGCCUUGGACACCUUGCGGGAGCUGCUGAUCUCAGACCUUCUCCCUGAAAACCGCAAGCUGAAGACCUUCUCCGAGCAUCCUUUCAGCGACCUGGAAGGGCGAUCCAGCGGGAAUAAGGACGCCAGGGACCGGCGGCUCAUCCUCUGGUACUUCGAGCACCAGCUCAAGCACCAAGUGGCUGAGUUUGUCAUGGCCCUGGAGACACUGGCUCAUGACACGGUGGUGGCGACCAAGGCCCGGGCCCUGGCGACUGCCCACGAGCUCCUGUGCAGCAGGCCAGAGCAGGAGAAGGCUCUGCUGAUCCAGGUGGUCAACAAGCUAGGCGACCCGCAGUACAAAACUGCAGCCAAGGCCUCCUACCUUCUAGAGACUCUCCUUCACAAGCACCCCAACAUGAAAACAGUGGUGUGUUACGAGGUGGAGCGGCUGCUGUACAGGCCCAACGUUAACCUCAAGGCCCAGUAUUACGCCAUCUGCUUCCUCAACCAACUCGUCUUGAGCCACGAGGAGAGCGACCUGGCCAGCAAGCUCAUAACCAUCUACUUCUCCUUCUUCCGGGGCUUGGUGAAAAAGAAAGACAUUGAGUCGAAAAUGCUGAGUGCCUUGCUCUCCGGUGUGAACAGGGCUUAUCCGUACGCCAAGGUGGGAGAUGAGAAGAUCAGGGAGCAGCUGGAUACGCUCUUCAAAGUGGUGCAUGUUGUCAAUUUUAAUACGGCUCUGCAGGCCUUGAUGCUCCUGUUUCAAGUGAUGGAUUCUCAGCAGGCUGUCUCUGACCGUUACUAUGUUGCACUCUAUAAGAAGCUAUUGGAUCCAGGCUUGGCUUUCUGCUCCAAACAGUCCAUGUUUCUGAACCUGCUGUACAAGUCCCUGAAGGCAGACAUCGUGCUGCGCAGAGUGAAGGCGUUUGUGAAGAGGGUGCUGCAGGUCAGCUGUGAGCAGAGCCCCACGUUCAUGUGCGGAGCGCUCUAUCUGGUGUCUGAGGUGAUGAAGGCCAAGCCAGGCCUGCGGGUGCUGCUGCAGGAGCACGGGGAAACUGACGAAGAGGAGAAGUUUAAAGAUAUAGAUGAGGAUGAAGAAGAGGAACACUUUACGGAUGUGGACAAAGAGUGUCAAGGAGAAUGCGAGAAGCAGGAAGACAAAUCUGAAGGCCCCAAGCCAGCUGCAUCAUGGGUACAUCACAAAAACCUCAACAGUGGAAAGAAUGUGGGGGUUUACGACCCUGCGCACAGAAACCCUUUGUACUGCGGGGCUGACAGCACCAGUCUUUGGGAGCUUAAGAAGCUCUCUGAACAUUUCCACCCCUCUGUGGCGCUUUUUGCCAGAACUGUCUUGCAGGGAGAUUUCAUCCAGUACACCGGUGACCCGCUUCAAGACUUCACCCUUAUGAGAUUCUUGGAUCGUUUUGUUUAUAGAAACCCGAAGCAGAAUAGAGGCAAAGAAAAUACAGACAGUGUUGUUAUGCAGCCCAAACAGAAACUAUCUAUGAGUAACGUGUGCAGUUUCCCUGUGAACAGCCAGCAGUUUCUUGACAGAGAUGAGAGCCAGAUACCAGUGGAUGAGGUGUUCUUCCACAGAUAUUUCAGAAAGCGGGACACGGAAAAGCAUUUGCGGAGGCCCCAUGGAGGCGGGGAUAACGAGAGUGUGGAAGACGUGGAGGACGAGGAAUUUGAGAAGAUCCUGGAUUCAUAUGAAGGCGAUAGCUACUUUACAGCAUUGGAAGAGGGUGACAAUCUGGACUUUGCUGGCAAUGUGAAGAGGAAGUCCCGAAAGGGAAAGAAAUCCGCAGAAGACUCUGAUUCAGACCUGGAUGAAGAAGAUGCUGAAGAUCUUGACGAUGAAGAGGUGUCUCUGGGCAGCAUGGACGAAGAAGAUUUUGGAGAUGAGCUGGAAGAUGAUGGAGGAGCAUUCAUGGAUGUGGAUGAUGAUGAUGAUGAUGAUGAUGAUGAAGAUUUUGAAAAUGGUCUGAAUACAUUUGAAGGUGAAGACCGUGAAAUUGAUGAAACUCCACAGACCAGUGUCAAGACAAAAACUGGCAAAAGAAAGAACUCUGAAGAGCUGGACUUCACAGGGUCUGCUGAGUCAAAACCAGGACGGAAAAAGAAGAAAGGAUUUAAAGACGAGGGCAGCAUGUUUGCUGCAGCAGAGGAGUUUGGUUAUCUGCUGGAUGAAAAUACAGGAUCGAAGUUUGACAAUAUUGGCAUCAAUGCAGUGGCGAACAGAGAUAAAGCAGAUAUCAAGCAGCUCAAGUGGGAGACUCAGCGAGAUGACUGGCUGCGUGGCAGGGAUGCCAAAACUCUACGGAAGAAGAAGACGAUGUUCAAGAGAAAGAAACCUCUGGGAAAGCUGAAAGCAAGCAACAAGAAAGCAAGAAAAUAAAACGUGCAUUUCAGAUGGACAGUGCGAGCGGUUUUCAAAGUGUUUUGUACGCACCUCUAUGCUUCGUUUUUACUGGCCCAUGCUUCGUGGUCCUUUUCUCGGAUCCCGUAGAUCCCUGCCCACUCAUUCGACUUGUAAUAAACUAAAGGGUACAAUAAAGAUGACAGGUAAAUCCA